AUGUUGUGGAAUAUAAAAUUACUGUGUUUAGCAGAGAUUUUAGUAAUAGUAAGUCUUAAUAUAGAGAAAAUCGCAGGAAAUAUCGAAAACAUUGAAGAUGAUGACGCUAGUAUCAAGCAAGCCCUAUUUUUAAUAAAACUGCUUAAAUCAGAUUUUGGGAAAAUUUUUCGGUCGAGCGGCAUUGUAAAUGAUGAAGCUACCACAAAUUUUAACGAAGAUGCUAACAGCACGUGUGGUCUGCGCUCCGACGAUAACAACACUACAACUCCCACGAGCACGACACCAAUCAGCACUGCAGUAAUGGGAUUCAACCGGCGAAUGAUGCCUGAUUUUGCAAAUUUUCGACGACAAGGAGAAACCUUAAAUAAAACAACUACUGAAACACGAGGCCAAACAAAAAAUGGCAAAAGCUUAAAUAACACAACAACUAAAAAACCACAAACAGCAAAACAUGAUCAAGUUGAAUCAAAAAAUAGAAAAAGCUUUAUUAAAAAAACAAAAGACGAUAAUUAUUCAGAUGAAGUAUACAGUGAUGCAGACGAAAACUAUUCAGAAGAGCUUGAAAACGAUCCAGAAGAAUUGAAUAAAGAUCAAGUCGAAUCAAAAAAUUCAUCAAGUUCAUCAAUUGCUUCAUCAACAAAAUCUACUAUAAAACCAAGAAUUAUAACAAAGACUACAACCAAAAAGAUUCGCACAAGUCGUACGACUUCUAUUAUGACCGGAAAGACGUUUCGAUCCUCCUUGAAAAUAUUUUUACCGCAUAGUUCCAGGCUUCCUAUACCUUUUUCAGAAAACAACGCAUUUUGUCAUUUUUACCCGACUAAUCCUAUAUGUGGUGGCACUACGUAA